AUUACUGUUUUUCAUUAUCCUCUCUAUUAUCCUUCUCUGUGUCCAAUGUGUACCCAGCAACUGCUACAUCUACCACCCCAGAAACUCCUCUUCUGUUCUUCACCUCCAAAUGUUACAAAAAACCAAUCUUUUGUGGAAAAGUGUUGGACCCAGAAUGGUAAAAAUUGUUAUAGCAGAGUAAAGGCAACAACUUUGGAUGAACUUCCCCCAAACGCUCUUCGCAGGAAAAGAGACCCUCAAUGGAGAGGAGGCUUCAGCCUUGGAGUUGACUUGGGAAUGGCUCGCACUGGCCUUGCUCUCAGUAAAGGAUUCUCUAUUCGCCCUUUAAUGGUUUUGGAACUGCGAGGACAGAAGCUUGAGGUCCAGAUUCUUAACAUUGCCGAACAAGAGGAGGCUGAUGAGUUUAUAAUUGGACUUCCUAAAUCUUUUGAUGGGAAGGAAACACCACAGUCGAACAAAGUCCGUAGUGUUGCUGGAAGGCUCGCUGUUCGAGCUGCUGAGAUGGGUUGGAGAGUAUAUCUACAGGAUGAACAUGGGACAACAACAGAAGCCGUAGAUCGAAUGAUCAACCUGGGCCUAAGUAAGUCCUCUCAGCAGAGCAAACUUGAUGCCUAUGCUGCCAUGAUGGUACUGGAGAGAUAUUUCUCCACAUCAGGUGAGGAUACUGAACUUGUUCUGCCCAGGAAUCUAGAACUACAAGAGAAACUUCAAAGGGGACCUCCCAAAGAUGUUGAUUUUUUCUCAGAUGAAGAUUAAUCACAAAAUAAAUGCUUUGUGCCAUUUGCUUCUGUGGCGAAUAUUAUGGUUGUUCCUGGUAGUAAGGGUUGAUAACAUGGGAUGCAGCUUGUACCAUUCCAUCAUUCAUGUUUACAAAUUACAAGUAUGCAUGAGAAAGUUGAAAAGAGAGAAAGAUAUUCUAAGAAUCAGUAAUGAACAUGAAGGAUUUGGAUUUUACGACUGGAAAGGGAGGGCAGC